UGUUAGGCAAUGGGCGGUGGUGUCAAAUAGCUCGUGGUACUUCCUCAUCAUUUGCACUAAAAAGUUUUCGGGUGAACAAUUUAUGUGUAGCUAGCUAGCUAUUUAAGUUAGCUACUUUAUUUCGCUGACAUUGUGGCUAGAUGGUUACAUUGUGUAAUUGCUACGUUUAUUAUAAAUAAGAGGUGACGUUACAUUGUAAGUACUGUACUACUAAUAUUAGCCAGAUCGCGUUGGGAGAGGUCACAAGAAAACAAAAAUGGACAACAGUGGUUUUCCAAGACAAAAGACUAUCACACUUGUGAUAAAAACACCGAAUCAAGCUCACGGGGAUCAAACGAUUGAAGAAGUUGACAUGGAAUGGACGGUGAAAGAGUUGAAGACGCAUUUAUCGAAGGUUUACCCAAACAACCCGGUUGAAAGUGAUCAGAGACUAAUUUACUCUGGCAAACUGCUCCCAGACAACCUGCGUGUCAGGGAUAUUUUCAGAAAGACGGACCUAACUCCCACUGUGCACCUGGUGUGUGCAAUCAGAAGUCAGCCCAGAGGUCCGCUAGGAGCAAGACCCAAGGUCAGAGAGCCUGAGCAUCAAGCGGUCCAGCCCCCUGCCCCUGCAGCCCCCACGGACCCAGAGCUGAGGCAGCGCAGGUCCCAGGGCCCCUCUGCUGCCCCACAGACGGCCGCUACAGCGCCGGGGUCAGCGGAGAUCACCAGCCCUACCUUCCCCACAUACUCCCUGUACAGCCCUCAGCAGAUGCUCUGGCUCCAGCACAUGUAUGCCCGUCAGUACUACAUGCUUUACCAUGCGGCUUACGCUGCAGCGGCCUCCGUGCCGUUAGCCCCGGCCGCCGGCCCGUCCCUGCCUGUCGCCCCCCACCAAGCCGCCGUCGCAGCUGCCCUGCCCAAUCAGGGCCCCAUCGACAACUUGCCGGCCAAUCAGAACGCACAGGAUGCUGCUUUCAUCAACCCAGGCGCAGCCAAUCAGAACCUUCGCAUGAAUGCCCAGGGCGGCCCUGUGAUGGAGGACGAGGAGGAUAUGGAUCGCGAUUGGUUAGAUUGGGUGUACACAGCUGCCCGUCUGGGAGUGUUUCUGAGCAUCGUCUACUUCUACUCCAGUCUGAGCCGGUUGGUCCUGGUCAUGAGCAGCCUGCUACUAAUGUACCUGCACACAGCAGGCUGGUUCCCCUUCAGGCGAAGGGCCCUUGUCAGAGGUCCCAAUAAUCAGGUCCCUGAUGUAAUCCAGAACCAACACAACCCGGACCAAAACCCAGCGCCGCCAGCGGAGGUCCUUGCAGGAGAAGCGGAGGCCAGGGUAGAGGCAGAGGUUGGGCCUGAUGAAGAACACCCCCUGACUGCAGUACUGGUGCCUCCACACAGGGUGUCUAUAGUUUGGACUGCCUGGAUCUUCUUCAAAGCCUUCUUUGCCUCCCUCAUCCCAGAAGCCCCGGCAAUGGCCCACUAAAUUCUGGACUCUUCCAGCAGGGGGCACAGGAGCAGACAACCUGAACAUCAGACCAGCCUCUCUGUCACUGCGAUGUCCUCCCUCUUUGGCUUCUGGAUGGAUGCCUGGAUGUUUUGGGGGACAUCCGGAAUGAUUAAAGGCCCUUAAGCAUACAAAGCCAGCUGUGGUGUGUUAAGAGUGUGUUUUGGGAUGUGGCUGUUCAUUUUGGCGCUUCCUGCCUUAUGAUAGUGACCAAAUGGUUGUAAACACAGUACCUUACAGUACAUACACUUCUCUCUGCCAUAUGGUUGUAUAUACUGUAAAUGAUGAUUAGAAUUGAAACUACAUUUUACUGUAUCAUCUUUACACAGCACUUUACAAAAAUGUAUCUUAUUAUGCAAGCUUGCUUUCAGCUGGGUUUAAUUUUAGGAUGCUCAUAAUGCAAUAUGACAAAAGACUUUGUAUUGCUCUUGUUCAUAAUUGGAUGUGCUUUAUGGGGUUGUACAUAAGUAUUGAAUGUUUCUGUGGUUCUCACAGAUGUGAAAUGGAAGGCAGUGUUAACAUAAUGAGGUUUUAAUUCAUUGGAAUGGGGCAAGACCUAAACCCUGAGUUAUUUUAAACAGGGGUAGGCAGUUGCGUUGGCCCAAGGCCAGACUAUUUUUGCUAUGUCCGUCUGAACAUUUGAAAUAGAAUCAUGCAUAAAGAGCUCGCUCCCUUGUUACACAGAUGAGAUGAAUAUGUAUUGUGAUUCCUUUUGGAAUGCCUUUAACUGUACACAUACACUAAGUGUAAUGUCCCCCAUGUAUGUUCUAAUAAUGUUUUUGGUUUCAUUUUGGUAAAACGACAUGGAUUCUACUGUGUCAAGAAUAUUUUGUGAAAAUAUGCAAUAAUAGAUGCAAUAAAUGUACCUAUUUAAAAGGA